AUGGACAAGUUCUCUGCGUUUGGAAAGAACAUCAGUUCUGCUUUCAACUCAACUGUCUCACCAUUUGCUCAACGAAGUUCGCAAUACCUCAAAGAACAGCUGGGUCAAGCAGAUGAUAAAACUGCGCUCCCCGCCGACUAUAUCGAACUCGAGAAGAAAGUUGACGCUUUGAAACUGGUCCAUCAGAAGCUACUUGCUGUCACAAACCAAUACACCAACGAAGCCUAUGAUUAUCCUCCCAACAUACGCGAGUCUUUCACCGACUUGGGUCGCAGCAUCUCCGAGAAGGUGACACUCCUCUCUCGUGCUUCAAACACCUCCGAAGCACAAGCUGCCUUUACCGCCCCUCCAUCUGCCAAACCUCAACCCAAGACUUUCAACCAUGCGAUCGCUCGCGCUUCCCUCGCUAGCUCUCAACUCAUUCAACAGCACAGCACCUCCCAAACCGGCGAGGAUCCCCUGGCUUCCGCACUGGAGAAAUAUGCUUUGGCAGAAGAGAAGGUCGGGGAGGCACGUUUGGCACAGGACCACGCCAUCCAGGCUAGAUUCCUGGCCGGGUGGAACACUACGCUGAAUACCAACAUCCAAUUUGCGACCAAAGCGAGAACGGCAGUAGAGAACAGCCGACUGCUGCUGGACAGCACCAAGGCCUCAAAGAAGAGUCAGGUCAUGGGACGGGGAAUGAAUCCCGAUGACGAAACUGCUUUGAGUGAGGAGGCACGGGCCGAGAUCGAGGCCAAAGAAGAUGACUUUGUCUCGCAAGUGGAGGAGGCCCAAGGUGUCAUGAAGAACGUGCUGGAUACCCCUGAGCCACUCCGCAAUCUGGCCGAUUUGAUCGCAGCACAGCUAGAGUUCCAUAAAAGAUCCUAUGAGAUCCUGUCGGAACUUGCGCCCGAGAUCGACCAACUUCAGGUCGAGCAAGAGAGCAACUACCGUAAGAGCAGAGAAGGUGCUUGA